AAGAAUGAAACAAACUCAAUUGCUGAGAAUUCGCAAGCGCUGCGUUCCCCGCUUCCCGGGAGCGGGGCCGGUCAUGGCGGCACGGGGCCGCGAGAAGGAGCCGCCCGACCUGGUGCAUCAGAACCAGAUUUUCUGCGAGACCGUCCGGAAGGAGCUGCGGUGCCAGAAACUGCACACGGAGUACGGGGUCAACCCCCUCAAACGGGUUCACACGAUCACCAGGAAGCCGAUGUCUUGGCAUGAUAACACAGAAGAGCCUGCGGAUGCCAAGUUUCUGAAUCUUAUUCACCAUGCUGCACUGGAGCCAACCAAGAAAUACACAGAGCCACAGACAGAGAGCCAGGAAAUUGGCUGGAAUACCACUCCCUUGAUUAGUGUGGACCGCACUGACCGCAGACUGUACUUCCCAUGCCGGAACAGUGAGAUCACCAAGUACAUGGCUGCCAUGUGGCGCCUGAAGGAGCAGAGUGAGAACAUGCAGUAGGGUGGUAGUAGCAACAUUGCUUUGCUAGGCAGAGUUGUACGGUGUUUGGAGUUUCUAAACAACGUUGCCACCUCCUCAUUGCCACGAGUAGCCCUGUAGAUUUCUGAGCAAGGGAGGAGGAAUCUCCAGCUGGGCCAUACCUCCUGGAAGCUGACAGCUGUUACAGAAAUAAACCCAUGUGAAAGUUC